AUGAUUGACCUGAAGCUAAGUCCUCCCAGAGAAGGCACAAGAGGUGGAAGAGAGCAGUUUAAGUGGGAGGAGCUAAAGUCACACGACCUGAAGGAUAGAGAGCAUUACUUGGGUCACAGUGUCAAGGUUGGUCUCCUGGAGAGGAAGAACAAGUUCUACAAGCAUGACUGGUACAUGAAAAGGGGAUCUGAAACUCAGUCUGAUCUUGACGAAGCUGAACUCACAAGACUAUACGAGCAGGAAAUUAUGCAAGAAAUGCUUGGAACUAAGCCUAAACGGCUAAUGUUGUUGAAAUCUAAGCCCACUGACCCACAACUGCUUAAACAACUUCUUACUGAAACGAAUAAGAGUUUGGAAAAUGAUAACCUUGAAAAGCCUGCUUCAGAUAAAUCUUCUCAUAGUAGAACCCAAUCUAGAAGUAGAUCCAGGAAUUCUAGAACCCGAUCUAAAAGUAUAUCUAAAUUAAAACAUGAACGUGGUAGAAGAGGUAGAGAUAAAGAUUCACAUCGCAGACAUUCCCAUAGAUCUGAAUAUCGCAAAAAUCGCACUAGCUCAAGAAGUAGAGUGAGGGAUAGAAGAAGAAACAGUAGAAGUUCAUCCCAUGGUAGACAUCGAAGGCAUCGACACAGAUACUAA